GUGUAACAUAUUUUGACCGGCGUGUCGCCGCUACUCCUACAUCGUUGCCGCCACCAACGCCAUCUCGCUGUCUCCGCUUGUCGUCGACCGUACUUCUGUGCACAGUGUUGUUGAAUUGGCAACAGAGACGCAGGCCAAGGACGCUGUGGAUGUCAUGGAUGGUUAUCUGUGGGAUGAGAUGCGCCUAUCCGCUCACGAGGACCGCUCCAGUAACUACGUGCGUGGUAUGAAGAGUCGUGUGCGCCACGGUGCUGAAGGCGGUGGUCGUGGCGGUGAGCGAGGCAGAAGUAGGUCACCACUAGCGCCAAGCCAUGGCAGUCGCAGCGGUAGCUCUCGCUCUCACCAUCAUCAUGACAAUCCUCACCGCGGUGACCAGCUGAGUGCUCUCAAUCAGCUUCAGCAGCUGAAUCAGCUCGCUUCACUUCUGACCACUGGCGUGGCGGGCAGGAAUGAGCCACAUGGUGAUGACCACCAGCAACCGAACUCGGUCGUUUUCGUCUCAAAUAUUGACUAUUCCUAUUCCUGGCAGCGUCUAAAAGACCUCCUGGCUGCAGCUGGGCGCAUUCGACAUGUACACCUUCGCACAGAUGGUGAUGGCAAAUCUAAAGGAACUGCCACUGUUGAGUUUGACACACACCGUGAAGCGGAAAAGUGCGUCGAUAUGUUCAACGGCAACCUAGUCAACGGUCGAGCGCUGCGCAUUCACAUCUAUAGGGAACGUGAUAGGGAUGGCGCCGAGUCGGUGCCAGCUCCGCCUGCAGCGCUGGGAGACCUUCUUGCCACUGUUACCGGUGGGAGUGGUGGUGGUGGUAGUGGUAGCUCGUCAAGCUCAUCCAACCCUCUCAACCUCCUGAGCACAUUGACAAAUUUGGCUGCUCUGCAGCAGCUCACUCAGUCUGGUAGCAAUUCUGGCGUAUUAUCAGCGCUGAGCUCUCAUAACAGACCAGCACCAUCCUACCACGAUAGCCGGCACGGUAGAGAUGGAAGAGAUGGUAGAGAUGGAAGAGAGGACUCGUACCGACGCCGCGACGACAGAUCUCGACAUGAUGAUCGGGGCAGGAGUUCUGGCUCAUCCAGGGACUAUCAUGGAUCGGACAGGGCAUCUAGCCGGGAUCAUGGUCAUGCAGGAGCAGAUUACCCCUACCCUUCUUCAUCGCGUUCGGGACCUUCAGAUGGUGGCAGCCGGUCCAACUACCCUCGAAUCUUUGUCAGAAAUCUCGACUGGGGUAUGGACUGGCAAGAUGUAGAGGAUGUGUUCAAGGUCAUUGGUGACGUAAUGCACGUUGACAUUUUGCGUGAGGCGGAUGGCCGCUCGAAGGGUCGUGCUACGGUUAGCUUCAGAAGCAUUGAUGACUGCUACGCUGCCAUUGACUCCCUGAAUGGCUCCAAUGUCCGUGGGCGGCCGAUUGAAGUGAAGCUGGAUCACUUCACGACAUGAACAGCCGAUUGAAGUGAAGCUGGAUCACUUCACGACAUGAACAGUGUCACUUUUGUCUACUUGUUUUCGUGCAGCGGCGGUGUGUUGCCGGUACUGUCUCAAUAUGCUUAUACUGUUACUUCACGCUACUUUUAAAAUACUUCUCAUGAAAUUCUUGUUGUCGUUGACCAUUCACACAGCUCGUGUCAUGCUAUAUUAAUAUUAUGUCAGGCUUCUACAGUAGUAUGUGCGCUAUAUUCCAUACAUUUUAUUAUUCAAUUUCACAUAGACACCCCCCCCCCCCCCCCCCCCCGACCUCAAUAAUGUCAACGGUCGUGCUUCGAUUGUACAAGUACAUUGUUGUUGUGUUGUUUUCUGAUGCCGUUUGAUGCUGCAAUUAACGAUGUGUCUGGCAGUCCCA